UCAGUGACAAGCAUGCUAGAUUAAGUUUCCAUUUUAUACUUUUCCUUUUUCUCUUUGGUUCUGACACAAGAUUUUUGGUGAAUGAGAUUCAUUCUGGCAUGGAAAGCAUUGAAAUUUAGUUUCUUUUCUUAUUUUGAACAUCAUCAUCACACAGUGUGAAGAAAGAAGAAACAACCACACUCAUAUCUGAGAGAAGUGAACUGUUGAAAGUUUCAAAACAACUUCUUUAUCAUCAGUUAACGUCACUGUUAAUUCUUCAAGUACUUUUCUAUUGGAACUGAUCCUUGGAAGCUCCAAUUUCAAUGGGGACUCCAAGUGGAAGAGCAAGAGGAAGAGGAAGAGGAGGAGGAGGAGUUCUUCUUCUUCCAUGUUCUGUUGCAUUUUUCUUGUUUUUUAGCACUGCAACUGCUUUGCUUUCUCCCAAAGGAGUAAACUUUGAAGUUCAAGCUUUAAUGGGGAUAAAGAACUCACUGGUGGAUCCUCAUGGUGUUUUGGAUAAUUGGGAUGCUGAUGCUGUUGAUCCUUGCAGCUGGACUAUGGUUACUUGUUCUGCAGAGAACUUGGUGAUUGGAUUGGGUACUCCAAGUCAAAGUUUAUCUGGUACUCUUUCUCCAACCAUAGGAAACUUAACCAACCUUCAGAUUGUGUUGCUUCAGAAUAACAACAUAACUGGACCAAUCCCUUCAGAGUUGGGAAAACUUCCUAAGCUUCAAACUCUUGAUCUCUCUAACAACUUCUUCAGUGGUGAAAUUCCCCCCUCACUUGGUCACUUGAGAAGUUUGCAAUACAUGAGGCUCAAUAAUAACAGUCUUCAUGGUGAAUUGCCAGAAUCAUUGGCUAAUAUGACACAGCUUGCUUUUCUUGACUUGUCCUACAACAAUAUCAGUGGCCCUAUACCAAGGAUUUUAGCUAAAUCCUUCAACAUUGUUGGAAAUCCCCUUGUUUGUGCAACUGGAAAAGAACCAAACUGCCAUGGCAUGACACUGAUGCCAAUGUCCAUGAACUUAAAUGGCACUGAAGAUGCCUUACCAUCAAGCAAACCAAAAUCUCAUAAAAUGGCAAUUGCUUUUGGCUUGAGUCUUGGAUGUCUCUGCCUCAUAGUUCUCGGUUUUGGCCUUGUUCUUUGGUGGAGGCACAAGCACAAUCAACAAGCAUUCUUUGAUGUUAAAGACCGGCAUCACGAAGAAGUAUACCUUGGAAACUUGAAGAGGUUCCAAUUCAGAGAACUCCAAGUUGCUACCAAUAACUUCAGCAGCAAGAACAUUCUUGGAAAGGGUGGUUUUGGAAAUGUCUACAAAGGAGUUCUCUCUGAUAGCACUCUUGUAGCUGUCAAGAGGCUGAAAGAUGGCAAUGCCAUUGGAGGAGAGAUUCAGUUUCAGACUGAAGUCGAAAUGAUCAGCCUCGCCGUCCACCGGAACCUCCUCAGACUCUAUGGAUUCUGCAUGACACCAACAGAAAGGCUCUUAGUUUACCCUUACAUGUCCAAUGGCAGCGUCGCUUCACGUCUAAAGGGUAAGCCGGUGUUGGAUUGGGGAACAAGGAAGAACAUUGCAUUAGGAGCAGCAAGGGGCUUAUUAUAUCUUCAUGAGCAAUGUGAUCCAAAGAUAAUACAUAGGGAUGUGAAGGCUGCAAACAUAUUGCUUGAUGACUAUUGUGAAGCAGUGGUUGGUGAUUUUGGGUUGGCAAAGCUUCUGGAUCAUCAAGAUUCACAUGUCACAACUGCAGUUAGAGGCACUGUAGGACACAUAGCCCCAGAGUAUCUAUCUACAGGACAAUCAUCUGAGAAAACUGAUGUGUUUGGAUUUGGGAUUCUCCUCUUGGAAUUGAUCACAGGACAAAGGGCACUAGAGUUUGGAAAAGCUGCUAACCAAAAAGGAGCCAUGCUUGAUUGGGUAAAGAAAAUUCAUCAGGAGAAGAAGCUAGAGUUGCUUGUGGACAAGGAUCUUAAAGGGAACUAUGACAGGAUUGAGCUUGAGGAAAUGGUUCAAGUGGCAUUGUUAUGUACUCAAAACCUUCCAGGGCAUAGACCAAAGAUGUCUGAAGUUGUAAGAAUGCUUGAAGGUGAUGGAUUAGCAGAGAGAUGGGAAGCUUCACAAAGAGCUGAUACUAGUGCUGCUGCUACUGCUACUACUAACACUUCAAAAUCCAAACCUCAUGAAUCAUCUUUAUCAGAUAGGUAUUCUGAUCUCACUGAUGAUUCCUUGUUGUUAGUCCAAGCCAUGGAGCUAUCAGGACCAAGGUGAACGAAUCGCCUCGUCGGCCGAUUCAUUUGCGUUUCAAAAUUGUCUCAAUGGUUUGGUAUUUUGUGUCCUGAAACAGUUACUAAAUAGGGUAUUAAUGUUAUUUUGUGUUUCUUUUUUUUUAGGGAGUUUAGUUUUAUAAAGAAAGCAUAUUUAAUUGAAGAGGGUAUGAUAAUUGAAUGUGUUUACAAAAUCCAUGGAAGAGUAGUAUAUGUUGUAUGAUAGGGGGUUCUACCAAAGUUACUUGCAAAUUGUACAGAAUCUGAUUUGUUGAUGAAUGUUGAUUUUGUAAUGCAAAAUUUUGUAAUAUUAAAAACAUCAAUGAAGCCUGCUUUGGUGUCUGAGGUAAGAAA